UUGUGAUUUCAAGUGAUUCGAAUGUAAUUGAUGAGCUUGGUAUUAAACAUGAAAAUGAGUGGAUUAUUAAGAAAUUGUAUCAAAUAUGGUCUAGCUAUAGAAGUACAAAGCAAGCAUGGGAUCAACUCAAGAAAGAAUUGUGCGAAGAAAACUGGAUGUCUUAA